AUGGGUCUUCCGUGGCUGCAUUGCCGAUUUGUAGCACUUAUUAGAUUUGAAGCACACGUCUUGAUGCUAUCCGUUGACUUUCUUAUCAACGUAAGCAUGAAGGAUGCCUUGGUGUUGGCAUCGGAGAUGAUCAAGGCGUGCAGCCGCGGAAAGAAUCCAGACAAGAGUGUCAGGGACUAUGAAGAACACAUGUUUUCACGAUCCAUGGAGGCGGUGAUCAAGACGACCAAGAAUAGGGAAGAGCAUUUCAGUGGACCCGGGGCAAAAGAGUGUAUAAAUGGGUUGAAAGCACACUGUUCUGAUCAGGGGUAUAAAGUAGGCACGGCCUGA